AAGAAGGAGAAGGAGAAGAAGAAGAAGAAGGAAGAAGAAGGAAGAAGAAGGAAGAAGAAGACGACGAAAAUCAAAGAGUUUAUAUACGAGGAGAGAAUGUAGAUGUACGUAUAGAGUCAUGGCCGAGGACGACCUGGAACCGUUACCAAGACUUUUCGAGACCAGUCUCUUUCGAACGCUCGUCGGCAAGCCUCGGAAGAGAAUUACAAACUACGAAGGAAUAACGAUAACAGCUUGUUUAUCAAUCAUAGAUCAUCGAUAGAUCGUUAUUAACGUGAGAUAAAUAUAUAUAUAUAUAUAUAUAUAUAUAAAAUUAAAUUGUUCGAAUUUUUCGUGUGAAAUAAAACGGAAGAAGAAAGAGAGAGAGAGAGAGAGAGAGAUCGUCGUUCUUUCUUUCUUAAAAAAAAAAAAAAAGAAAAAAAAAGGAAGGAGAAAAUACAAGAAACGUAGAAACAAACAAAAAGAGAGAUAAGAAAGGAAGAGAGAGAUCGAGAGAACAAAAUCCCACAAAAAGAUGAGGCUAAUUCACCGUUUGCUAGUUCUACUCUUUCUACGAGAGGCAUACGCUGCGGUAGCUAGGAAACCGCCAGCUUUUUCAAAGCCAGUCUAUUCAAAUGCCUAUCUUCCGGCAGCUAUGCAGGUCAUUUUCCAUGCGGUUGAACAACUAAAAGCUAUUCAAGCGGAGGAAACAACUCCCACGACGAGUAUUUCCUCUUCUACUGUUGAAACGAAUCAAGGAACAACAUUAUCCACCGUAAUCGAGGAUAAUUUUAAGGAAACAGAAAUAAUGGAAAUGGCUGAAACUGCAACGGAAAUGAUUAAUAACAAGAAAACAUUAACUAACGUAGAACAUUACGUUUCAACUUUGGCAACUAUGAUGGACGAUCGGGAUCAGGAAUUUCUUGAAAUGCACGAGGAGACACCGGAAAUGAAUUAUGCAACUCCGGAAACUAAUUACGAGAAACCGGAAACGGUCGUACAGUUUAAAGAAAUUAAUCAAGAACUUCCGGAAAUAAAUGAGGAGGAAUCGAACGUCGUACCUACGACAACCCCGGUAUCACUUACGAAAGAUUCCAAAAUUCAAAAUCAACCUAGUAUUGAUAGCAUUGUCGAAGGGAUCUAUGAAAUAAUAAAGCCUACCUCGACGGAGAUCUAUGAUGAUCUAUCGGACGAUAAUUAUGACGAUAACAUUAAAAUGGAAAAGAUCGAAGAGGAGGAUGAUGAAAACAGGUUCACAAUGCUUGGCGAAAAAGUGACACAAGUACCAAGGCCGAGCCUGAGCAACUACUUAAAGCGUGUCAAAGCAGAGCCCAAGGCAUCUUUGAUACAGCUAGCUUCACUCUACGAUGCCCUUGGGAAGGAUGCUAGAAAACAGGGUUAUGGUAAGUACUUUGGAUAUUCCGACGAGGUUCUCCAGGUGCUCGAUACAUCGGCCGAAGGUGGUAUCGGGCCUCAAUUGAACAAGUUAUUGAACAAGAUCCUUGAAAGGAACGAACUCACCAGGGAAGACGCCAAAAACAGGACGAAACUCGUAAUACGAGAUCUCGAAGAACCUACCAGUGUACUUAGCAACGAUCUUAGAAAUCUUUUACCUCUUCGCUUUUCCUUUUCUUAAAAUGUUCUUUUACUUUUGAUCUUCUAUUUUUCUUUCCUUCCUUCCUUCCAUCCUUCCUUCUGCUAAUAAAAGAAAAAAAAAAAGAAAAAAAAGAAAAAAAAAGGAAAAAAAGAAAAAAAAAGAAGUAAAUCAUUUGACCCUCGCAAUCUGUCCAAUUAAAAGAAAAAGAGAUAGAGAGAAAGACGUAAAAAUCUAUUAUAUAUAUCUCAAUUCUCUUUAUUUUACGAUUCAUUCAUUUAUCCGAAGUAUCCAUCUCUCACCACCAUCGCUACUUCCCCAUCAUCAAGCCUUCCCAUCCGCCCCCGUCCUCCUCUCCGCUUCUAUUUUAACCAUUUUUGAAUGAAAAUAUAUUUUAAUUAUUUCGAAUGAAAAUAUAUUCUCAUAGAUUCAACCUCAUCGAUCAUCGAUAGUCUUUCUACGCUAACCGUACAUGCGGUUAACAGGUUAAAAUUUAAUAAAUUUAUCAAUCGUAAAGAUUAAAAAGAAAAAUUAAAGAAAAAGAAAAAGAAGAAGAAGAAGAAGAAGAAGAAUAAUAUUAAAGUCGCCCUGUCGAGAGCAAGUGCCUAUUUAAUGUGUUUCAUCGAAAAUGACAAAGGGCUGAAACGUGAUUCGAAUCGUUUCAACCAUCUGUCUGUGGUUACUGAGAGAAAGAAAGGAAAAAAAAAAAAAAGAAAAAGAAAAAAAAAAGUAAAAAAGAAAAAGAAAGAAGAAAGUACAUUAAAACUCAUCCGUAGAAAUAUGAUAGGACUUUGAUCUAGGCUACUGCGAAUUAGUGUCCCUUCGUGACCGGGAAACGAAUUGGUUAGGGAAACCAAAAAAUUACUCUGAUGCUUCUCGACAUUUUAUGGCAGGUUGCAUGCGAUGCAUAAGUCCGAAUGCGAUUGAUCAAUUUUUUUUUAACCUACUCUUUUUCAACAUUUUCCUCUUCUUCUUCUUCUUUAUUCUCUUUUUUUAAUUUUUUUUAUUUCAUAAGCCCUCUGGCCUAAU